GAUUUAUGGGUCAUGGGGGAACAAACUAUUGAGUGCCUACACUACCAAACCACGUUAGAAGCGCUUUUGCAAUUUGGUUAGUAAAUUAGAUUUAAAUACGCUUGUUUGAACAACACAAUCCUGCUUUCUCUCUGGAUGAAUGCUUUCUCUGUUGUGUACCCAAUCAGGUAUGUCUGUUUUUGUAACCCCUAUGCUCUCAGGUUACCUGAGUUCAACAUUGCCAGGGCGGAGACAGGGUAUGAAUAAGGAGAUAUAUAUAUAUAUAUAUACACACGUUCAUACAGACUUAUUCACCCGACUGCAGCUAACAUUCUCUACAGGCUCUCAAGCUAUCGAUAAAACAUUUCCCUUCAGAGAGUUGUGAAAGGUCACAGAGGUAGGCCAACUAACCUUUUGACCUCUCGUCGUGCGUGGGCUCCAUCUCCGUGGCAAUGGUCUUCUCAGCAGAACAAGUGGCGUGUGUGUGCGAGGUCCUUCUGCAGAGCGGACGCAUGGAGAGCUUGACUGGCUUCCUCCGCACUCUUCCCCCCUCUUCCUCCUCUUGCCUGGGGGGUCUGGAGAGCGUCCUGAAGGCACGGGCUGCCGUGGCCUUCCAUCUGGGGCGCUUCUCGGACCUCUACGCCCUCCUGGAGGGCUUCCCCUUCUCCAAUCGCAGCCACCCCCUGCUGCAGCAGCUCUGGCUGAGGGCACACUACCUGGAGGCCGAGUGCCAGAGAGGGCGCCCCCUUGGGGCUGUGGGGAAGUACCGCGUACGCCGUAAGUUUCCCCUGCCAAGAACCAUCUGGGAUGGAGAGGAGACUAGCUACUGCUUCAAGGAGAAAUCCCGGAGUGUGCUGCGCGAGUGGUAUUACCAUAAACCGUACCCUUCACCACGUGAGAAACGAGCGCUUGCAGCCGCCACCGGUCUCACCACCACCCAGGUGAGCAACUGGUUCAAGAACAGACGGCAACGGGACCGAGCAGCUCACAGUACUACCGGGGAACAGGAAGCUUGUGGACCACUUAUUGGCUCCAACAGAAACCCAGGAGCAGUAUACCCGUCCUCUGACAAUGACCUUUCAUCUCCAGGCACCCCCAGUCCCCCCUUCUCCUGCCCCCAACCCCCACCUCCUGAGCCAUAUGGGUGGGGGACAACUCUGAACCUCUCCACUACCUGAGCCAUUAUGUAUAGUAUGUUCACUUCAGAGGCAAUACUAUUCAGUUGUCUAGCCAGAAAUGUGAGAGAAUGAUCUUUUUUAGUAACUUAGUGACACCCUGUAUCCAAAAUGGUUAAGCGUUUUAAAUCUGAAAAAAUAAAAGGCAGUUUAAUAGAAAAGUUGUCACCUAAUCAUUGACACAAGUAUAUGUAAAUCAUGUUUAAAACGCAGCACUCUGGCAAGAUGUGCUGAAUGAUACCACUCCCAUAGCUAAAACCAAGACAUGCCUGACACCUCUUGGGGAGAAGUAAUGCAUACGGAAGAUAUCCAGUGACAGUACAACCAAAGGCAUUGACAACCAUUUUAAUGUCGCCCAUUGUUACGUUUCUUCAUGUUUUCAGUCACUGCCAUGCUCUGUGAAUAUAACCUUCAAUGUCAUCUGUGAGCUUACUGCACGAAACCAAGUCUCAAAUCUGACAUUCACAGAAAUCAAUUGUUGGCAAAAUCACAACUGAUGAUCAUGAU